AUGCCUCUCUAUCAACCCCUCGACCCAAACGCCCACGUGCUCAGCCAAUUCUCCCUGAAGGGCAAGAUUGCAGCCGUCACUGGCGGUGCUCGCGGAAUCGGACUAGAAGUUGUACAGGGGCUCGCAGAGGCCGGAGCCGAUGUGGCUCUACUCUAUACAUCAAGCAGCGAUGCCCACGAAGCUGCUGCCCAGGUAGCGGAAAAGACCGGACAGCGGGUGAAGGCAUACCAAUCAAAUGUUGCAUCGCGCAGUGAGAUUGCGGAAACCAUUAAUCAUGUCGCCAGAGAGUUUGGUGGUGGCCGCAUUGACAUCGUGGUCGCGAACGCUGGCACUUGCACGAACUGCCCUAAUUUAGAGUAUGAUGAGGAAUCGUGGGCGAGAGACAACCGCGUUAACUAUGACGGGGUGAUGUGGACGGCGCAGGCCGCGGGGAAAAUCUUUAAGAAACAGGGCAGGGGUAAUCUGAUUAUCACUGCUUCGGUCAGCUCAGUUCUUGUCAAUAUUCCGCAGACACAGGCUGCCUAUAAUGCCUCCAAGGCCGCAGUCGUGCAUUUGGCGAAGAGUCUGGCUGUUGAAUGGACGGGGUUUGCGCGGGUGAAUUGUAUCUCACCUGGGUUCAUCAUGACAAAAAUGCUCACCCAGCAACCCAAGGAGCUUUUUGAAAAGUGGUUGGCCAUGAUUCCGGCAGGACGAAUUUGCGACCCUGCCGAAUUGAAGGGGGUAUAUGUCUUUCUUGCCAGUGAGUCCUGCUGCUACAUGACCGGUGCAAACAUCAUUGUGGACGGCGGCUACACCUUACCUUAG